CGUGGCUGACCCACCGAACAAGAUUAUGUCAUAUGUCAGAUAGACUUGCCUGUUUGCUUUGUCCGGAUAUCGUUUGUGACCACCACCGUGAAGUCGAUAUUGGUCACAUCCGUAAUGUGUGUGUUGCAGUCUAUUACGUUCUUAUCCUUGGAGCAUUCCCUGUCUGAUAGGAUGUACACGAAGGCAUCUCUAAAACAGAUGUUAGUUACAUUGUGAGGUGAUCUACUAUUGUCAGUCUCGCAUGAGAGCUCUCUACCGCGACAGGACGCCAUUAUGAACAUAGCUUGUGUCUUUGGAAUAUGUGUGUUGUUGUAUGGAUCGCUGGUCUCAGGUGCGUGUAAUGUUACGCUCUAUGCUCAGAGGGAACCGCUGAAUUUCACAUCUCCUAACUUCCCAGACUACUACAGAAAAAAUGACAACUGUUUUUGGGACAUCUACCCGGAAACAAGAGGCUACAGGGUUGUGCUCGACAUGGUGUAUUCCAAUAUCGAAAGCUCUUCUACCUGUGCAUAUGACGUCCUUACCAUAUACGUCAUAAAUAAUGCUAAUCAAAGUAAAGCCGCAUCGCAUAGAUUCUGUGGACUGCGCAGAAUGUAUAUUCUCAUCGAAGAAAACCAGCAUUUCCAUGCAGUGUUCAAGACUGAUGGCACUCAAGCCAGAAAUGGUUUUCUAAUUAGAUACUAUGAAACAAAUGGCACCAGAGACUGCGGUGUACCUCUCGUAGCAACUUCUGUCGGCAAGACAUUUACCUCGCCUGGAUACCCAAACUCAUACUUCCCGAGUCAGACUUGUACCUGGACUAUUACAGCAGAACAUCAAAACCAAACCAUUCAACUGGACACCAUGGACUCGGUACUGCAGAAUAUCUCAUCUCAUGGAACUUGUUACAAUGAUUAUGUCACGGUAUACAACGGUCAAUACGGUUCCCACCAGCUCGGCACAUUCUGUGGCAACGAAAGACCUGUUUUUAACAGCGGUGGGAACGCAUUGAGUGUUCAUCUACGAACUGAUUCCUCAGAAACCUACAAAGGAUUCAAAAUGCUAUACAAAGCUAUACCGGCCACAACGUGCAACAUCACGCUUCUCUCAGGUUACAGUCCGAUGGUGAUUGUCUCCCCUGGCUAUCCAAACAACUACGUAAAUGGCUUGGACUGUCAGUGGACUAUAAAUGCACCCAUAUUCAGCUCUAUUACGUUGAAAGUUUUGUUUCUUGAUUUGGAAAAAGUGUCAUCGUGCGUGAAUGAUUAUCUACUGUUCAAAGAUGGUACGACGAACGAUGCCCGCCAAUUGGCAAAGAUUUGUGAACGUACGUCUCCUCAAAUCGUCAGCUCCAGUAACCAUAUGACCAUCAUGUUUCACUCAGACCAUGCUGUCACAGGAGGAGGCUUUCGUUUGCAGUACUCAUCUGCUUCCCUCUGUGGAUUAUCAAAACUUUUCGCAUCUUCUAUCAAAUGGAAGAACUUGACCUCUCCUGGCUAUCCUUCUCACUAUCACAACAAUAUAAACUGCGAGUGGAACGUCAUAGCACCCGUUGGAUAUGGCAUUAAAGUUGAAAUUAUAUAUUUGUCUGUGGAAUAUGCGCCAUUUUGUUCAAGGGACUAUCUUCUCUUCAACGACAGUUCAUCGUUUGGGGGUCAACAGUUGGGUAAAUACUGCGGUCUUUACAACAACAAACAUCUUGUCAGCUCCAGCAACUACAUGACCAUCGCCUUUCACACCGAUGGCGCUUUCACGCGACCAGGUUUUAAUCUGAAAUACAAAGCUGGAAUGCUCCUUACAACAACAACAACAACAACAACAACAACCCCAGACGGAAUGUGUGGUUCAAUGCUCAGCGCCAGCAAAUAUUCCUGGAGGUCUUUGUCAUCCCCUGGGUACCCAUACUACAACUACAACAACAAUAUGUACUGCGAGUGGACAAUCUCUGCACCUGUUGGAUAUAAAGUAAAGGUUGAAGUUCAGAUUAUUGCUAUGCAAUACGACCCAUCCUGUUCUAAAGACUACGUGCUCUUCAGAGAUGGUUUCCAGCCCUACGCCACUAAGUUGGGUAAAUACUGUAGUGACUUCACCGGCUACAUCGUCAGUUCCCGCAACGCCAUGACCAUCACAUUCCGCACUGACAGUUCUGUCACAGACACAGGAUUUUCUCUGAAAUACAUUGCGCGGACGAAAGGGUGUGGCGAAGAUGAUAGGAUAAACUAUGAGAUAAAAUACAUUGAAUCACCAAAUUAUCCUCUGCCUUAUCCCGACAAUGCGGACUGUGAGUGGACAAUCAGCACAUCCAUUGACGGAUAUGUAAUCCAUGCUAAAGUGGUGUAUUUCAGCACUGAGUGUCCCUAUGAUUAUGUACAGCUCUAUGAUGUCACGAGUAUUGAAAGCUUGAUCGGUCGAUGGUGUGGAAGAGAUGGACCAAAUACAGAGACAGUAGGGCAGAAAAUGAAGGUUAAAUUCCACUCCGAUGGUUCGACGCCUCGAACGGGAUUCAAGUUGUCGUUUACUUCCGGCGAACCAACAAAUGGCUCUCAGAACAUCGGAGCCAUACUGGGUGGUGUAUUUGGCGGUAUCACGGCUGUAGGUAUUGCAGCCUGCUGCUGCUGUGGGCUUUGUUUCAGGAAGAAAUCCAGUCCCAUCGACCAACAGCAGAGAAACAGAUCAUAUGAAGGCACCGUCUCUUUCAUCAACGUCCCCAGCUACCCGCGAACUCCGCCUACAGCUCCUACUGCUCCUACUGUUCUGCCGUUCAUGUCCCCACCACCUCCUUCUUACAAUGAUGUCGUGAAGGAUGAUCCCCCACCGUAUUGUCAGGCAGUUCCACUAUCAGACAUACAGCCUGUUGUGACGUCAUCCCCUAGCGGUGCAUCUGAAUAUCAAGGGAUAGAUAAUCCAGCAGGAUCCAUUUGAGUGAAAGUUUCAUAUGAUGUACAUGUUUGUAUCACUGGAGUAUACUCAAGCAGUCUCGUCAUCCAUAUACCUUUUUGUAAGGGCAAUCUUUUCGUACCAUGUUUUAUGAAGAUCAUCUCAUAUUCAAACUAUAGAUCAUUUCGUCAUGAGAGCCAAUGUUGAAAAUGUUGAUUGACUUGACUUAUUAGCAUACUAGCAUAUUAAUGAGGUUAUAAAAGUAACAAUAAGUCUCCCACUUGCAUGUAAUCUGCAUAUGUACCUGUAGUAAGAUGUUUUCUUGGUGCUGUGUAUGUAGCGAUUUAAUUUUUAAAAGUUUGUUUUAGUCAUUGAAAUUAUUUUUACGAAUAUGUACGAUGUCGAUCGGAUGUCGUCAUUUUGGAAGUGACAUAUCUUUCACCGACUGAUCGCUUUUCAAUAAAGAUUGUCCCAAACAAUGUACUAAUGGUGAAUGGAUACCGCACAAUCCACACAAUUCCCCCGAGGAAAGACACCUUAGAAUAUGCCCAUGAAUCUCGUUUGGUAUAGUUUCAUAUUUUGUUAUUGUUUUUGUUGUGUUUUUUUGUAAUAAAAAUAUUUUGUAUUUCAAAUGGUG